AUGAGCACAGCGGGCUUGGUGCUCUUGGGGCUUGCUCUGAGGUUUAGGGCCACGAUCUCUAACCCAGAGGAGGGCAACUUUUGCUCAAAAAACCAAGUGGACUUCAGAGACUCUUGCUAUGAAUUUGUGCCUCUUGGUCGCACCUUUUAUGGGGCCCAGAGCUGGUGUGAGGAGCAAGGGGGGCAUUUGGUCUUUACUGACGAUGAAGACACCCAACAGUUUCUGCAGAAGCACAUCUCACAGGACAGGGAAUGGUCGAUUGGACUCAUAGGGAACUCGGCUCAGAAUGGAACCACAGAAGGGCCAGGGAGCUGGCUGGAUACCUCAAAUGUGAGCUACAGCCCCUGGCACAGAGGACAGGCCUCUCCUGCACCAAACACCUGUGGUUACAUCGGGAGAGAUGCUUCCUUUGGGUGGGCGGCGUCAGACAACUGCACGCAGCCGUUUGCCUUCAUCUGCAAGUUUGGUGCUCGCCAGAGUCUGGCCUGUGAUGGCCUCAAUGCCACCAUGCACUGUGGCUCAGGGGAGGUCAUCCAGAUCCAGGAUGCCUUCUAUGGGUGCCAGAUUCCCCAUUAUUGCACCUAGGGUGCUGCAGGCCCCUCAGAGGAGGAAUGCAGCUGGGCCAGCGUCAAGGAUGAAGUGGCAGGCCAGUGCCAGGGGCUGCAAGUAUGCCAGGUGGCAGCAGAUGGGACCUACUUUGGAGACCUGUGCCCCACCCAGGGCAGCUACCUGUGGGUGCAUUACCAGUGCCAAGAAGGCCUGCAGCUGAUGGUGUCCAACGAGAGUUUCAUCUUUGAAAAUGUCACCAUCUCCCUCACAUGGCUCCUCUCUCCCUUCAUUGGAAAUCUGUCAUGUAUAAUUAGUACAGGAGAUGGCCACACUUUCGAUCCCUACUACCCCCCCCAGGUAUCCAGCAACGUGACCCACCAGUUCAGAGCCCCUGGGGAAUUCACUGUGUUUGCUGAGUGCACAACCACUGAGUGGCAUGUGAUGGCUCAGAAGCACGUGAUCAUCCGAGACAAGAUGGAGAGGCUCCAUGUGACCGGGUGCUCCAGCCUGUCCAAGUCAGGAGCCAGCCCUCUCUGCCUCACUGUCUUUGGGGACCUGCUGUGGAUUCAGGUGGUACUUGAUGGAGGAACUGGGGUGACUUACACUGCACUGUUUGGUAACAUAACCCUGGCUGAGUUCACCACACCGAGGGGCCUGCUACCGUACAAUCUGACCCUGGACAGAGCAGCUCAGCAGAGGAUGGGCCCCGGGAUGCACCACCUGGAGAUCCGAGCCACCAGCAACACUGCCACCUCUGCACCCUCUAGAAACAUCACAGUCCACUUCAUGGAACUUCUGUCAGGGCUACAGGCCUCCUGGGGUUCUGACCACUUGGAGCUUGGACAAGACCUACUGGUCAACAUCUCAGUGGCUCAUGGCAUCCCAGAGGGGCUGACCUUUGAAGUGGCAGGACUCAAUGCAACCUUCACCCAUCAAGAAGAAAGCCUCAAGGGGCCAUUUGGGAUUUACCAUGUGGCAGUUCUUCUUGAAGGUACUUGGGGUUGGUGGGCCCCCUUCCAAACUUCCCUCCUCUUUCCUUCCCAACUUGGGUAUCCAGCAUUCCGCCAGCCAGUUUUGGUGUGUCCUGGUCACAAACCUGGUUCACAGCAUCCAAUACCAUCAGCUGGGGUCAUGUACCCCAGCUCUCCUUCCAGUCUACAAGAACCAUCUGGAACAAAUGCCAAGGAAAAGAAUAGAGAGAAAGGGAAUGUGCGGGUGUAUGUGGAACCUGGUCAGUAUGUGGAUCCUUUCACGACUGUGACUCUGGGCUGGCCAGACAGUGACAAGGAUUUACGCUUCCAGUGGUCAUGUGGACAUUGCUGGGCCCAGCGGAGCUACUGUGUUGAGAGGCAGCUGCUCUGCACAGACCAAAGGGAGCUGGUGCUUCCUCCGUCCUGCCUGCCACCACCCAACUCCGCCAUCACCCUGCGCCUGGCCACCUGGAGAGGCAGGGAGCUGGAGAACCGGGAGGAGCAGUGCCUCUAUGUGUCCGCCCCCCUGGAACUCAGGCCUUGAGUCAGUUGUGAGAACUGCAGACCAGCGAAUGCCAGUGAAGAUGUCGUGCUCAGAGUCACCAUGGGGGACAACUCCUCAGUGGCCAUGUUCAACUGGUAUUUAGAGGACACCUGUCUGGAGAAGGCUGAGCCUCUCCCGGCUGCCUGCAGAUUCCAGGAAUUUUGGCUGAGUCCUUUAAUCCUCCUUCAGAGCAACACCUCCAUGCUGCGGUUGAACAGCUCCUUCCUGCAGACCUGGGGCCAGGCCAUCCGGAUCAGAGCCACAGCAGUGACCGGGCAUGCCUAUGGGGAGGACACCUAUGUGAUCAGCUCUCUGCCUCCCCCUGAGGUGCCCAUCUGCACCAUCACCCCAGAGGAGGGUACCAUUCUGACACGCUUCACCAUCUUCUGCAACACAUCCUUGGCCCUGGGCCCCCUGGAGUACUGCUUCUGUCUGGAGUCAGAACAAAUGCGAUGCCUUAUGCCAGAGGUGGGCCCAAGUGACCCUCAGAAGGACAAUGCCUACAAGCAGUGCUACCUUCAGCUGGAACACAUGGAGCAAGAGCUUCAGCUGGUGGGGCCCCGUGGCUUCCCCCAGAGCCAGAGCCACGCCUGGGCCCUCAGCCAGGUGCAGAUGCUGAAGGGCUGCCUGGGGGGACAGCUGGGCACCCCACCCCCAGGGUACACCAGCUUCUUGACGGCGAGCAAGCAUCCUCAGGGCCUGCCCUGGUGGUGCGUCCUGGUGGGCUGGCUCCUGGUGGCAGCCACCAGCAGCGUGGCAGCCUUUUUCACCAUGCUCUACGGCCUGCACUAUGGGCGGGGCAGCUCCCUCAAGUGGCUCAUCUCCAUGGCCGUCUCCUUCGUGCAGAGCGUGUUUGUCACCCAGUCCCUGAAGGUCAGAUGCUUUGCAGCCUUCUUUGCACUGGUCUUGAAGAGAGUGGAAGAUGAGGAGGAGCCUGUGACCUCCCUCCCAGGACGUCUGUCUGGCCCAGGCCCUUCUGCCUUGUUUCGAGCACAAAGAUGCAGCAGAAAGGACAUUUACCAGUCGCCUUUGGCCAUUGACAUCGAGAAGAUGAAAACCACCCAUCUCAAGGAACAGAAGGCAUUUGCCUUCAUCAGAGAAAUCUUGGCCCAUGCAGACCGCCUCUCCCAGUACACUCUAGAGUUAGAGAGCCCUGAGUGUGAAACCCUGGCACUGCUCCUGUUAGCUGUGUGGCCCCAGCCCUCUUCCUACAGAAUUCUCCAGUACCUCUUUGACAACACCUGGCUGGACAGACUGACCAGAGCCGUUUUUGUGGAGUUCAUUGUUUACAACGCCAACGUCAACCCGUUCUGCAUCAUCCCUCUGACCCUGGAGACUAGCGCCCUGGGAACCUUCUUUGCACAUAUGAGCCUGCAGAGCCUGCGCCUGUACCCCUUCACUGAUGGCUGGCACCCCUUCGUGCUAGCAGCAGAGGCCAUCUACCUCCUGUUCCUCCUCUACUACAUGAUUUUGCAGGGCAAGCUCAUGAGGAAACAGAGGUGGUGCUAUUUCCAUAGCAAGUGAAAUCUUCUGGAGCUGACCAUCAUCCUGGCCAGCUGGAGUGCCCUGGCGAUGUUUGUGAAGAGGGCCAUCCUGGCAGAACGUGAAAUCCAGUGCUACCGGAACCAUGGGGAGGAGGGUAUCAGUUUCAGUGAGACAGCAGCGGCUGAUGCUGCCCUUGGCUACAUUAUUGCCUUCCUGGUGUUGCUGUCCACAGUGAAGCUUUGGCAUCUGCUCAGGUUGAACCCCAAAAUGAAUAUGAUCACUUCAGCCCUACGCCGUGCUUGGGGGGACAUUUCAGGCUUUAUCAUCAUCAUCCUUAUCAUGCUUCUGGCUUACUCCAUUGCAUCAAACUUAAUAUUUGGUUGGAAACUCCAUUCCUACAAAACCCUCUUUGAUGCAGCAGAAACGAUGAUCAGCCUUCAGCUAGGAAUCUUUAACUAUGAGGAGGUCCUAGACUACAGCCCAGUGCUUGGCUCCUUCCUGAUUGGGUCUUGCAUCAUUUUCAUGACAUUUGUGGUGCUGAAUCUAUUUAUCUCUGUCAUCCUGGUGGCCUUCAAUGAGGAGCAAAAAUAUGAUCAGCUGUCGGAGGAAGGAGAGAUUGUUGAUUUGUUGCUGAUGAAAAUACUCGGUUUCCUGGGUAUUAAAUGUAAAAAAGAGGAGCCUGGAAACAGCAGUGAGCAGCCCAAGUAG